AUGGCUUCUGGUGGCGUUGUGCCGCGUCCGCCAGAGCACGUGCGGUGCAAGAAUUUUGGAUGUAAUAAGUAUUUCGAUCCGAGACAUGCAGACCAAACUGCGUGUGUGUGUCACCGGCUGCCACCGGUAUUCCAUGAGACGGCCAAAUACUGGGCCUGCUGCCCUGACAAGAAGGCAUAUGACUGGGAGGAGUUUAUGAAGAUCCCGGGAUGCCAGCAAGGGCAUUGCUCCGAUGUCUCCAAAGAGAAGAAAUUCUUAGGUGGCUCAGACCUUCGUGCUGAGAAUGCUCCCAAGCGAUUAGAUGAUGAAGUGCCGGUGGAUCCUCGCAAAAAGCUGGACCGAUUACGGGAGGGCCUCGUCAGCCUGGGCGUAAGUCCUGACGACUUCGAUCGUGCCUGGGGUCGGUUGGGAGCAAAGCUUGGGGACUUGAGCCUGGUUUCACAAAAGAUGAGUCAGCUCUUCACGGAGGCAUUGCAGACGAUGGACACAGAUGACAUGAACUUGCCGGACUGA